UUUCUGUAACAGCUGUUUCUUGUAUUUUUUACAUGAGUGGGUUGUUAGCCAAAAGCAUUACCCCCAACCUGAAGGGCCAGGGUGCAACAUUUUAGUCUGACCUCUCCCCUGACAGACCUGUUUGGCUUGGCUAGACCUGCCAGGAACACAAGGCUCCUGCCGACAUAGCUCUGUGGAUCGAGAAGCUGCACAAGCCACCACACCACUACAAGGCAAAUUGCACUAAUUGGUGGUGGAAGCACUAAUAUAUUCUACCCCAAUCAGUAGCAAGAGGUGUGAUCAGUUAACUGAAAUAUUUAUUUGAUGGGUCGACGACCCUUUCAAAGCAGAGCGAGAUAUAAAUGUUAUCAUCGGUCAUAGAACAUACACAGGCAGAAGAUGUAAAUUACAUGGAGUACAUAAAUAUUUUUGUAUCAUUUCAACCACUUAUAUUACCUAGCACUUAACACUCAUGCCAACCAUUCUUCAUUUGCUCUCUCUCUUACUUCCAUACACAGCUCUCGCAUGUACACACACAUCAGUGAGAUAUCAGGUGGCCAGAUAAUAAGUAUAAAAAAUACUUUCCCAUUUGUUUUGAGGUCUCUAACUCUUAACCUUUUUUUUUAACAAUGGUACAAGCAGGUGUAGAGAUAGAUGUCUGUUCUGCACUGCAUAGUAAUGUCACAGGUUUCACCCCUUUACAUACAUAUGCAGCCACACACAAGUAAGCACAUGUACAGACAUAUUCACUUAGGAAAAGUAUUGCAGGGGAGUACUUAAAUGUGGAGAAGAAAGUACAAGCAUAAGAUAAAGAUAUGAAAUAAACACUCUCAUUUUUGUAGUGAUGAAAAGCAAAAAAAAAAAAAAAAAAAAAAUGGUGAUUAAAACAAGGCUUAAGAAGGGUUACAAGUCUACAAAAGUCUGUAUUCUUACCAGUACUAGGAGAAGCAAUAUUCAUUUGAAUUUGUGUCAUAAGUUGUUACCUCUUUUAUCAUGGAAACUUGGAAUACUGUAAUUUAAUUAAAUCAAAAUUCUACAAAAGAAAUCUUGUGUUUGACUUCAGUUUGAAACAAAACUUGUUACACACAUUCACAGAGGCAAACAGAUAUGCACAAGCCCUAAUUUUGGUCACAAAGAGAAAAGGAAAUUCACAUUCAUCCAAAUCUGCCAUAAGCAGGUAACGACUACACUUAGUCUGUGAAUGUUAAAAUCAGGCAGGUCUAGGUUGGUCUCAGUGAACUUGUUGGGUAUUUUCUUAAUGACUCCCAUCACUCUUGCAUUGGUGGGCAGGGACCAAAGACUGGAUGUAGACUAAUGUCAAUAGCUAGAGUCACUGAGGUGCACUGAUGAAGUAAAAGAGUAGGGAGAACGAAAACGAUUGGCUUAGAUUUAUGUGUGACAUCACAUGUGAAGAUGGGAUAUUUGACAAUAAUAUGACCUGUGGAUUUUUUUUUUUACUUAAAUCUUUGUAACCCUAAAUACAGUCAGAAAAAAUGGGACAAACUGGACCACCACAUGGUCCUCUGUAGCUUUGAGGGCGUGAUCAGUGACAGUCUCAUGUUGUAGGUGUAAACGCAUAGUCAGUCUCAUGUUGCAAGUGUCAGGAUUAGCAGCAGAGAGGCUUAUGCUGGUCAGAGCAGCAGUGGUUUUAUUUGUGUUGCCAUUUCCUCAAGUAGGAACAAUAGACAGUAACAGAAAUAGCUGCACUUUGAGGUAUGCUGCCGAACUCCUGCAGACUGAGAUAAAAGAACAAGAUGAACAAUCAGAAUAAUUGUGAGAUGAACAAUCAAAACAACUGUGAGAUGAACAAUCAAAUAACUGUGAGAUGAACAAUCAGAAUAAUCAUGCUAAAUGGCUCUAUAAAGAGAGGCAAAUGCUGAAAUGGGCACAGCAAGUAUGGAUACUUUUAUCUGUGGAACUUGUCAGGGUGCAUUCAAUGACAUUGAGAUCUUCAUGCAACACAAGCAGGCUGGGUGUACACGCCCCCAGCAAGAAAUCAUUCGUGUCCAUGUUGAUGGCUCAGGGGAAGUUACUGAGGUUACAGGUACCCAAAGUGUGAUUGAAGAUGAUGAUCAUGCAUCCGUGGCAACUCUAGCCUACCUAAAUGAAAUAAGUGCCAAGGGUCAUCUGGCAGCAGUAGAAGGGGAAGAUGGAGACCUUCCUACUCGUACUUUCAUUAUCCUCAACAAUGCUCAUGACAUCGGCAUUUCCUCUUCUGCAACCAUCACUGCAGAUGCAGUUCAGUUAGAGGCCUUGGGUGCUGUGGGGUCCACUAUAGCAGCUACAACAACAGGUCAGGAAUGCACUGAGUCGGUAUCAUCCACAGCUGGAGUUACUGAGAUUGCUCCAAAAAAGUCAGGUCGACGUUGUGGACGACCACGUAAAGGAGAGGAGAAAAACAAGCCUGUUCAAGCAGUUCCUGCCACUUGUGCAAAGCCUGAAGUGCCAGAGCAAGGGAGUGAUGGCAAACUUCGCUGUGGCCAGUGUCAGCGUGCAUUCAACAAGGAACGUCAUUAUAAAACUCACAAGUGCCUGGCAAGUUCUGCAUAUGUGGACAUCAGUAAGCGUGAUAUUUUCAAAAUUGAUUCCGGUGAUGAAGAUGAAGAAGAAGAGGCAGGGGCACGGGAUGAUGACCAGGAAGAAUAUAAGGCUGUUGUUGACUUGAUCACAGAUGAUGAAGAUGAUGACACAGACAAUGAUGAUGAGUCCAGAAAAAGAGCGUCUGGUGGCACAUUUAAAAAAUACCAGCUUCACACAGAUCCAGAUGUUGAUGUUGCUCCAAGAGAGAAGUCAACAGAGACAAUAGAAGAUGUUCCCAUUUUUCGCAAUGAGGAAGAGAAGCUUGAGUUUGAGGCCAGUGUGACUGUGGACCUUAGCUGUGUUGACCACAUGUUUAAGAUCCAUGUCAUAGACCAAGAUGUUAACGAGCAUGGUGGAGGUCAGGGUCGCAGUGUCUCAUCAUCCCUGUCCUUGUACUCAUGCACAGUGUGUGAAAAGGUUUUUAAAACCCUGUCUCACAUGCGGCUUCACUGCUUAGUCCACACUGACCUUCGGCCUUUCCGAUGCAGCAAGUGCCAGUAUUCAACAAAUUCUAAGGGUAACCUGUAUACCCAUAUGCGGAAACACACAGGCCAGUUUUAUCGUUGCAAACACUGUGACUUCCGCACAGUGAACAAGAGCCAUCUGUUGGAGCAUGAGGCCACACACAGCAAAACACGGCAUCCCUGUGCACUGUGCCACAAAGACUACAGCACUGGGAAGUCGCUCAUCAACCAUGUUCGUAAAUACCAUGCUAACUCCCGGCGUGGCAGGCAGUAUCUCCAGACAUUCCUGCAGGGGCGUCAAGCGCGAGGAUCCACUGUCAUACACCAGUGUCAUGUUUGUAAUCGAAAGUUUAAGAAGAAGAUAGACCGUGACAGGCACUUGUUCGUCCAUGACAUCCGAGAUGUUGGCACAACUCAGCAGUGUGAACUGUGUGACUAUUCUGCCAGUCGCCGUGUAUAUCUGGAGAAACACUACCUCAAGCAUCGUGUUCUGUACUGCUGUGCUGCCUGUCCUAUGAAAUUCUUGUCCACGAUCAGGCUUCUUGACCAUCUGGAGAACAACCACUCCACUCCUGGGUCAGAUGGUUGUGUAGCUGCUAGCUGUGAGGAGCUGUUUGAACGUAGUAUCAACAACAGCCUCUACCUACCAGAGCCUGAUGAGAAACUGCCUGCUGUUGACAAGCAGUACAUAAAUCUGCCUCCAGAACUCUCUUCUACAACACUAUGCACAGACCCGAACCCUUCAGAAAUGCCCUGCACCACCCUGACUUCUCAGUCAACAAAUGUGAGCAGCAGUCUUGAUGUCAGUGACUCCUUCAACACAGCCAUGACAAGGGGUGCAAUUACACCUUUACAAGUGGUGGAUACAGAAAGAAGACCAGAACUAGAGAACAGGUGCAAUUCUGGCUCUGAUUGUUUUGAUGGCUCUGUAGUUGUGACAGGUACAGAGCCUACACCUGAGGCUGCAUUGGCUUCUGACGGAGAAAAAUCCCCAUUGUGUAAUGCAAGCUUGAUCAGCCAGACUGUUGAAGACAGAAACAAAGCUUUGGUGUCGUCUAGCACCAGCCUUACCAUUGUAGGUUCUGUAGACAGUGAUGCUAUGUUGUCGACUGGUGUCAGUCAGAGUGAUGACAUUGGUGACAAGAUAGUGCUUGGCACUAGCACUGUCAUCACUCCUGAGUAUGCACAAGACAUUGAGACAACAUUUUCAUCAGAUGCUAGCCUCAUCAGUAAGAGUGAUGGAAAUAGCAAGGCUAUGCUGUUGUCUAGCAGUGACCUUUCCACACAGACUUCAGCAGAACAGGGCAUGCUGACAGCAGAUGUCAUCACCGAUGCCAGCAUGGCUGAUAAUCCAAAUCCUGGAGACAUCAAAUCCUUUGACACGCUGCAAGUAUCAUUUCCAUCUUCUGCAGAGGAAGCUAGGGUCUGUAUGGACACAAGCUCUGUAACAGAGGAAGCUGGGGUCUGUGUGGACACAAACUCUGUAACAGCAGAUUCAGAGUCAGUGUUGGUCCCACUUGCUCCAAACCCUGGCUUAGCUUUGGGUCCUGAUGUUGAUGAAGACGAGAUGGCAGAUGGGAUAGAGAAUGAAGAAAGUUCAAUGGACACAUCAUCCCACAUGGAAGAACUGAAAGAGUCGCAGGAGACAAAUUCAGGACGGGUGAUAGAUGUUGAUAGUGAAGGGAAAGUGAGUGUGGUUGAACGCUUAGGUUACUGGCGCAUGAACAUGCAAAUUUUACACAAGAUGAGGGAAACCUUUGGCUCUGAGGAGUGUGAGUUUUGUGGGAGGUUGUUUCACACCAAGCAGGACUAUGAGCCACAUCUCCGGACACACACAGGUGAUAAGCCUUUUCGCUGUGAACAAUGCGGCCUCUGCACCAUAACCAAAGAAUGCUUGCGGCGCCAUGUGGAACGGGACCAUGAAAACAUCCAGUUUCCAUGCAAGUCUUGCAAUUUUGUGGCCACCAGCAGAGGACGACUGUGGAGCCACCAACUAACACACUUGGGUGUUUCUGGUUUGGAGUGCCCUCAAUGUCAGGAGAGGUUUGAAACUAUGAAGAGACUGCGUGCCCACAUCAUCUGUACACAUCCAGAAAUGCCACGCGAAGAUAUGGAGAAACUCACGGGCUAUAAGCACAAGACACAGGGAAAACUAGGUCGAAGGUCAUACAAGUGUCCCUACUGUGACCGUAUUUUCAUCCGAGCUAACUCUGAACUGCAGAAGCAUAUCUGGAUACACGAGGGGAUCAAGCCAUUCAAGUGCUCAGAAUGUUCAUAUGCUUGCCGUUCCAAAAACAACUUGCAAGCACACAUGUUGCGCCACUCCAAUCAGAAGCCAUUCUCCUGUCAAGAGUGUGGAAAAGCCUACAAGUCAAAAACAGCCCUGCGAUGGCAUGUGCGUUCACACAAAGAUGGCAAGCUGUUCAAGUGUGACAAGUGUUCUUAUGAAGCACAGCAGCGCAGUCAUUUGAAACGACACAUGGAGACACAUGAGGUGGUCAAGCGCUUUGUUUGUCAGCACUGUGACUAUUCAGCCAACACAGCUGGUUAUCUUAAGAUUCAUUACACCCGGGUGCACAAGGGAAUGGUGUACUUGCCUGAGUUGCAGCCCCCAUCUCCAGCAGAUGGCAGCACCACAUCAACGUCAACAGAAGCCCGUGUUUUUAAGUGUUUAAGCUGCGACUAUGUCUUUGGUAACUUGUCAGAUCUGAAGCGACAUCUGAAGAUCCGACAUCACGUGCAGGUGCAGGAUAUUGCUGGCAUAGAGCAGAUGCAAAUCUCAGAAGUCGAGGUCUUGCAGUGUUCAGAAGAAGCUUCUGUUGGCACAGGAGAAGUAAUGGAACCUGGUACUAUGCUGUCACCGGCAUUUUCUCAGACAGUAACAAGCUCAGAGCUGGAUGAGAAGACUGCAUCAGCUGUGACACUUCUGCAGCAGAUCAUCACCAUGCAGCAGCAGGGAGCAUUUGGUCAGCAAGAAAUCAAAGUUUUGUCUGAGGAUGGCCAGAUGGUGGCAGUCAACCCAGAAACCAUCAUCGUCCAACAACAUGGAGAACAGGUGCUGGUAACCAAUGGCGAUGAUGGUGAAGAGGCAGGCCAGUACGUCAUCCAGUACGUCAGUCCCAGUGAUGACCCCACUGCUGACCCCUCCAUGGAGGGCGUUCCUAUGGAAAUCCAGACAGUAGAUGAAGCCGAUUCAGUUGCAGUUCUUCAAGGAUGACAGUGGAAUAUGUAAAUGGUGGAUUUUUGGUGCCUCAUCAAUAUGUGUGUAUAUACAAAUAUUAUUUGCCAUUUAGGAUUUUUAUUUGCACAUACAUUUAAGGUACUCUUGUUGACCUAAACACAAUUGCAUCAUGAUGGACAGAACACUGUGUUUACCAAGUGAGUGUGAAUUUAUUCUGAAGAGAGUUUUGUCAGGUGAGUAAGCCUUGAAUAAGAACUUUGUCAAAUGAGCAUAUAAGCCUAGAAUGAGAAUAUAUCACAUGCCAAAUGUG